UUUAUUACAUAACCUUUAAAAAGCAAAAAAAGAGAGUAUAGAAAAGGGGAAGAUUGGUAAUGGUAUAUAGAAACCUGGGAGUGACGAAGAGGGUGAGGGCAUAGCUGUAAUUUCGCACUCACCGGCGGCCGUAACUUGCUGACAUCAUUGUCUUGCGCCUUCUCCGGUGGUCAUGAUUAUCGGAGAAGGAGUUGAAGCGUCUUCAUUGGGGAGGCUGACGGCGGAGGAUCUGGAAAUGGCAGCGCGAGUGGAAUCUUGGUGAAUACCUUCAAUGUCCGAAUAGUCAUAGCCGUGAAGGCCAAGGCCAGUCUAACCUUGACCGCUAAUCGUCUACUCCCGUAGGUAAAAACACUGAAGAUAGAAAAUGAGAAAGAAAUAAAAAGAAAUUUACCAUCAACUUCGUCAAUUGAAGUUUCCAUUCAGACGUGGUUUUUUCAUAGAGAUUAUAAAGACUUAGUUGAGGUUUAUGAUAUAUUUCGUUAUAGAGAAUAAAUACACAGAUAUAUAGAUGUUGGUACAACAGAAACCGUUAAUGAGGGCACUCAGGCGGAGCCAGACUUCGUCAGAUUCGUCGCCUUCAAAUAAUAAUUCAUCGUCGCAAACGUCGUCGUGGAUUCAUUUGAGAUCGGUUCUAUUAAUCGUCGCUUCUUCAUCCUCGUCCUCAUCCUCCCCAGUUUCCUCUGAUCGGGAGAGCCUUAAAUCACCAUGGUCUAGGAGGAGGAGAAAACACGCCCUUCUUGCCAAACAAUGGAAGAGUUUAUUUGACGCAGACGGGAAACUCUCUGAUGGGGGAAUCAAGUUGCUGAAGAAAGUUCGAAGUGGAGGUGUUGAACCAAGCAUACGGGCAGAGGUUUGGCCGUUCCUUCUUGGAUUCUAUGAUGUGAAAAGUUCACAAAAAGAAAGAGAUGCGAUUGAAGCUCAAAAAAGAAAAGAAUACUUGGACUUGCGGAGACAGUGUCGACAAAAUUUAAAAUGCGGUGAUAGAAGUUCCAAAUCAGAGACUUCUGGAAAUAAAAGUAACGAUGCUAGUGAAUUUAAUCAAGGUUCAGAUUCUCCUGUGUUGGAAGAAGUUGCUAGUUCCAGAUCUUCUCUUUCAGGGGAGAUAUCCACAAUGUCUGGACAUAUUCUACUCCUUAAAACAUCCAGUACAUUAGUGGAUGAAAAAGAUGAGAGUGGAAUUAUGGAUGAAAAUAUUUCUGAAGAACAAACUGAGUCUUCUGAUUCCGAUUCCUCGGAAGAAUCUGACGAUAUGAAACCUCUCCUUGGUUCAAUAGAAUUGGAAGAUAUUGAAAUUAAUGAGUCCACUUCUUACAAGACGGAAAUUAGAUCCACGUCUUAUACUGCUGAAGAUUUUGCUUCAUGGCAGCGGAUCAUACGUGUUGAUGCAGUGCGUGCUAAUUCUGAAUGGAUUGUUUACUCACCAUCUGAAGCUUCAGUGCCGGAGGUGAAGGCACGACGAUUAGCUGAGAGUGUGGGGUUGAAGGAUUAUGAUCAUCUGGAGCCAUGCAUGAUCCAUCAUGCCGCUCGUCUUGUUGCCAUUCUUGAAGCUUAUGCAUUAUACGAUUCUGAGACUGGUUAUUGCCAGGGGAUGAGUGAUUUACUCUCUCCAAUUAUCUCAGUUAUAGCGGAUGACCAUGUAGCGUUCUGGUGCUUUGUGGGUUUUAUGAGGAAAGCUCGACAUAACUUUCGUCUUGAUGAAAUGGGAAUCAGAAGGCAGUUGAAAAUCGUGUCUAAGAUCAUCAAGGGCAAGGAUUCACAUCUUUUCAAACACUUGGAGAAGCUUCAGGCAGAAGAUUGUUUCUUCGUGUACAGAAUGGUGGUUGUUCUGUUCAGACGGGAAUUAACCUUCGAGCAGACCCUUUGCCUCUGGGAAGUUAUGUGGGCAGAUCAAGCUGCGAUUCGGGCGGGAAUUGGAAAAUCUGCUUGGGGAAGGAUGAUGCUUAGAGCACCACCUACGGAGGAUCUAUUACUGUAUGCAAUAGCAGCUUCUGUAUUGCAGAAGAGGAAACUGAUCAUAGAAAAAUACAGCAGCAUGGAUGAAAUCAUGCGGGAGUGCAAUAGCAUGUCUGGACAUCUUGACGUGUGGAAACUUUUAGACGAUGCCCAUGAUUUGGUCGCGACCCUUCAUGAUAAGAUUUGAGUUAUGCUACACAAGUAGGGUUGGUGACAAGAUUUAAAAUCAAGGGGACGCGUGUCAACAUUUCAUUUGGCAGUUUGGAAGAAAAAAAAACAGAAAAGAAAAGAAGAAAGGAACCACAACGCAGCACCUGUCACAGACCCUGUCCCCAAACCCUAUCCAAGCAGCAUAACUCAUAAGAUUUAGAAGAGAAAAUGUCGUGACCAAAUUUGUUCGGCUGAUGUCUUCUUUUGAUCUUUUUUACUUAGUCUGUCUGUUGUUACAACGGUCAAAACCGAUGGUAUCCUCACACUCUUCAGAACUAAGACUUGAUAGGCGAGUUCUGAAUUGAGUAAUUUAUGGGAUUUGUGCUGUAUUUGACAGUGCUCAAGACUCUUGAAUGAAGUGGCAACCUGCUAAAUUGGUCAUCAGUAAAUGUAUUUUUUCUGAUUACUUUGUGCUUGUGUAACAUUAUUUUAUUUGAAAAUGCUUCAUUGAUACAAGAACUUCAAACGAUGCAAUCGAAAGUUUCCAGGGAACUAUUCUAGUAUGUAGUGGUACUUGAGUUGUCCAAAA